UUUUACCUUAAAAAAGUAUCAAAGGUUAUUUAUAUUUGCUCCAUUGGGCCUUAACACUUUGCUUAUGGAAACACUAUGCUGAUUCCUGUGAUUGUUUACAAUUUUGGUUUUUUGUUAGUCUUGCAAAAUCACUUGCUCCUUUUUUUUCCUCAUGCCCAGACAGAGCAAAGUGUAGUUAUUCCAUGUCAAAUGAAUGCAUAUACUUACUUAUAAGUUAGAAGUGUUUCUGACUGUGAGAAAGCUUCUUUCUAAUCCACCUGAGUGUCUUGAGUCUGCAGGCCAUUAUUGUGGUUACUAGCAUAAAGUAAUCCCAGCAGCUUUAGAGGAAAGGAAAUUGCCACUCAACCAGUAUCACUCCUGAAAGAAUGGGGAGAGGAGACUUAGAUUUUAAAAAGAAUAAUAUAAAAAUGUAGAAGUGCACUGAUGCAGAGUUGGUUUUCAUAUUGCGUAUUGCUGGAUAGUUAUCUCUCUGUAUGUUUUUUGUUAGAGAAGUAAUGUUUCCUCUAAUGUUGGAGAAGUAAUGUCUGGUUUAAUAAAAUAGGAUUUAUAUCAGUUACCUUCCCAGCAGACUUCUAAAGCUUGUGUAACUCUCCCUAGAAUAUCAUGAUGAAAGGUAUGUGUCUAGAAACAGUGUGUCAUUUAAUAUUCUUGUUCCCUGUGAUUUAAUAGAAAAUAUGUGGAGAAAGUAUAUAGUAUGCUUUUAAUGCAGCAGUGACUCUGAUAUGAUGCUGGUCCUGAUCUGUUGUUUGUUGUGGGUGUCUUUUUUAAUGGCAUCUGCAUGGGUAGGACUGGUUUAUGAUUUCCAGAUGUUGGUAUACAUGAUUUUAGGCCAAGUUUCUGGCUCUGUCUGUGCAUGAACUGGAGGACAGAGUUGGUCACUGUGGUUCUGAUGCCAUGGAUGAAGCUUAUGAGGUCUGGUUGUCCUGAGACCAUCUCCACCUAUGUGUUUACCAUUCCAGGCAUAGCUCUGCCAGUAAGGGAAUUCACCCAGCUGCAUUAUACAUGCUUUGGAAUAGUCCACCAGGAAAAGAUGUUGGUGACUAUCCCAGAAAUACACUGCUCUGAAAAAAAAGAGAAAGUAAAUCACUGGGAGGAAUUACCUCUCUGAGCUGCCCAUACCAGGACAGUCAUUUAGUUCAGAGGGACAUGCAGGACACUGUCCCAAGUAUACCAUUAAGCCAAAUACCAUGAGUGAUAAUGUUAUUCUUUAUGCCUUUCUGUAUAGUUAGAACCUGUCAUAAAAGACUGGAGGCCAGUUUCCAUCACUUUUGGCGCAAGUAUAAACCAGGAGCAGUUCUGUUUGCAUUACUAUAGCUGUAAACUGUGAAGUAUCUCUUAUCAAGAGACAAAUUUAGUUUAAUGUGGAAUGAGGGUGGGUGCUACUGUACUACAGGUUUCAAGGAGUUGCAAUUCAGUCUGACCCGUAUCACAUUGUCCACAGUGUUUCAGUUUUGAAGCAGUUCUCCCAAGACCAGUUGAGAUCAUGAAUCUGGAAGCAUUUUUCAUUCUUUUAAGGUGAAAACUGUCAUAGAAGUGAAUGUGAUGACUGGCAAGGCAAAUUACAUUCUCAGUGCUUUAAAAAUGGCGAGAUUUUGUUUGUCAUUUGUUGUUGAAGCUAUCCUGAUGAGUUUUCAUUUUUGCUGAUGUUAUGCAAUUUUGAAGCAAUAGUUUUGAUUUUUAAGUUCCCCUAUACAAAGUUUUAAUUGACAGUAUGUGGUUUGGGAUGAAAUGAAAAAUCUCUUGUCAUGAUUGUUGAUUCAAGCACAGUACAGGGAGUGCUGGAAGUCUAAAGGCAAUUGAGUUCCUGCAACGGACUGGUGAAUCAGGCCUAAGCAAAGGAGUGGCCAUCCUGUCAUUAACAUCUGCCACUUUAUUGCCUAAGCAGAAAAGAUGGUCUUAGACCACAAUGACUUUGGUUAGAGCUCUCCCAUUAGCAUCAGCCUCUGAAGGAUCCAAACCUAAAAUGCGUGUGCUUGAUCACUACUGAAAAUAAGGUGAGCCUGUUCCUUUGUCUCCUGUCAGUAAAGAAAAUGCUUCUUUAUUCCAAGGAAGUAGUGGUGAUGUUGUUUGCAGAUGUUUUUAUUUCUUUUUUCAUUUCUGUUAGCUUUUGAGUAAGGACAAUGGUUAAUUAGAUAGCAGAUACCAUCAAGAACCAGGGUGCAAAAAAAGCAUUUCAUAGAGUUGAUUCACUGCAGUAUUUUUGUGAAGGUCAGGUCUUAUAGUUUUCUAUUUUGCGUUCUUGAAUGUGGGAAUACAUGAGAUAGCAAGUCUGUUUGUCCCCCAGCCUAGCAUUGCACAGUCUUCAGUCUUCAUUUCCAAGCAGAGGAAGAAGAAAAAAAUAAGCUCUUAGCAGAGUUGUAUCUCUUAAGAUAAGCAGUGAAAUACAAGCCAGCAUUGUAUUUUUGUAUUUUGUAAAGUUACAGAAAGAUGAAAGAGGAACAGCCUCUGCUUUUAUUGCAGGAUACUGAACAGAGGAUUCUCCAGACACAAAAUGUAUAGGAAGUUCUUGCUUGUUCUGAUUCUGUACUGGGAAAUGAAGCCUUUCAGGGAGGCUUUCAAGAGGAAGAGCCAAUAAAUUGCUCUGAAGUUGAUACAAGCUUCUUUGGGAAAAAGAGCAGGGCCUGGAAAGCCUGUGAUAGAGAGCAGCUGUUUUCAGAUAUUUGCAUUAAAUCUCAGAUGUGCUUCCUGCCAGCUACUGCAGUGCAGAAGAUUAACAGUCAUGUCCAUAGCACUCAAGCAAGUCUUUAAUAAAGAUAAGACUUUCCGCCCAAAACGCAAGUUUGAACCUGGAACCCAGAGGUUUGAACUUCACAAACGAGCGCAAGCAUCUCUCAGCUCAGGUGUGGACUUGAAGGCAGCUGUGCAGUUGCCCAGUGGAGAAGACCAGAAUGACUGGGUGGCUGUUCAUGUUGUCGACUUCUUCAAUAGGAUCAACCUCAUUUAUGGAACUAUCUGUGAGUUCUGCACAGAGAGGACCUGCCCAGUGAUGUCUGGAGGCCCCAAGUAUGAGUAUCGGUGGCAGGAUGACUUGAAGUACAAGAAGCCCACAGCAUUGCCAGCACCCCAAUAUAUGAAUCUUCUCAUGGACUGGAUCGAGGUGCAAAUCAACAAUGAGGAUAUAUUUCCCACAAGUGUAGGUGUUCCCUUUCCAAAGAACUUUCUCCAGAUCUGCAAGAAGAUACUCUGUCGGCUUUUUCGGGUGUUCGUUCAUGUCUAUAUCCAUCACUUCGACCGCAUCAUCCUUAUGGGGGCUGAGGCCCAUGUCAACACCUGUUACAAGCAUUUUUAUUAUUUUGUGACAGAGCUCAACCUCAUAGACCGCAAAGAACUAGAGCCUUUGAAAGAGAUGACAACCAGGAUGUGUCACUAAAAACUACCCACUGAACAAAAGCAAGGUCCAGUUUCCUUCCUACUGCAGUGUUGAAGAAUAUGACAGCCCUCAUAGACUGAGCCUGCUUGUUAAUCCCUGAAAGCAGGAAAGUUGGGAGCCACAGUUACUGUCACAGAUGCUUCUCUCCAGUGUCAUCAAUGUUGUUAACCCUAAAUAUGCUGCUAGGAACCUCAUCUGAGCAACAUGGAUUAUUGAGAAAAAGAAGAAUUAUAUCAGUUCUAGCUCCUUCAUCAGGGAUAAGAACCUCUUCAGUCACAAACAAUGGCAGAUAGUGUCCCUGCUGCUAAAGCUUUACUGAAAUUCAGGUCCUUGGGCUGACCUCCAGACUAGCUGUUUCGGAAUGAAAUCUGCAAUUUUGCUUUCUUUUUCUUUUUUUCUCUUGGUAUGCACUUUCUUUCCUAACUGCAACAGACUCUUAAGAGGUUCUGGAAUCAAAGAAGACUUAGCCUUUAAUGCCCCCUACCCUGCUCCAGGCCACCCAAAGCUUGGCCACCAUUCCCAAAUGCUAGCAAGCCUUGUGUUUCCAGGAAGACAGCCAUGUUCUUCAGCUGAACAGGCAGUUUAUUCUUCAUUGUGACUCAUAAUUUAAUGACAAUGGAAGGGUUUCUGAUUUCAACUACACAAACAGGCAUCCAGAUACAGCUCUGCAGUGCUGAGGUAUUUUUCUUGAAUUCAUGCUGUGACUGACAGCAAACAUUCUCAGUAUCUCUAUAUUACAUUAAA